AUUUGUAAACAACGCAAGAACAGAAAAAUACCAAAAAUUUACAAAAUCUUUAUAAAUUUUCCUUAAAAAAUAUAAGAAACACCUAAUAUAUCCUCAAAAUCAUAAUGGAAAAGGAAAAAUCUGCUGCCGAGAAGUUGGCCGAACGCAAAGAACGUCUACGCAGUUUGCACAAAUUGCGACAGGAAGCACGCACAAAUAACCAUCAGGAGGUGGUGGCAGAAGAUGCACGCAAGAAAUUGCCCAACAACUGGGAGGCGCGUAAAAGGCAAGCUGACUGGUUAAUUGCCGAUGAGAAGGCUCGCGAAGAGGCCAAGGCAGAGGGUAAAGACUAUGAUCGUCUCAAAUUGCUGGAAGUCUCGGCUAUAGAUGCGGAAAAAAUUGAAAAGAAAAAGAAGAAAAAAAACCCCGACUUGGGCUUCUCAACAUUCGAGGCACAAACAGCACGCCAACACAGUCGUUUAGUGAAAAAUAUGCCUGCCCGCGAUAUGCGUCAAUAUGAAAAGCAAAAAGAAGAGCUGGGCGAGGCCUUCUAUGGUGGACCCAAUACAGUGCUGCAUGGUUUGGUCAAAGAUAAACCUUCGGCCAUUAAUAAUAUGGUUAAGGACCUGGAGCAGCAAAUCGACCGGCGUAAGAAAUACUCCAGAAGACGUAUUUACAAUGACGAUGCCGAUGUGGACUUUAUUAACGAACGUAACUCUAAAUUCAACAAGAAAUUGGAGAGAUUCUAUGGCGAGCACACGGCCGAAAUUAAACAGAAUUUGGAAAGAGGUACCGCCAUUUAGGUGUGGACUUAAAUAUAGUACGUUCCUGCUUCUGCUUUUAUAUAUUUUCGAUAGUUUUAAGUUUGAAAGCUUCAAUAAUACAACAAUUAACUAGAUAAGGGGGAAUUGUUUUAACUUGAAUACAAAACUACGAUUCCUGCAAGAUUUUCCACCAAAAUAAUAUAUAAUAACAGUUAUUAUACUUAUUUUAAACCAUGAUUUUAACUAGAUUUAUCAAUAAAAUUUAUUUUGCGAAAUAAUUAAUACAAUUUAGAAAUAUCAAAGUGAAAAUACAAUUGGAUCUUAAUAGUGGAAUGCCUCAAUUGGUCAAAUGUUAACAAAUCAACGACAAACUAAUAAUAGAAAUAUCAAAUUUUAUCAAAAUAUUUAACUAAUUUUAAUAAAAUGAAAUAAAAAGAAAAAAUAA